UAAAAUAAAAUGGAGCACAUGUUACUGCUAUUCAUAUUUUUCAUACCUAUAUUGGGUCUCAGCAAUGGAACAGAAACUGAACAAGAUUUUACUUGGCACUUAAAGAAGAUUCCCCAGAUUGUAAAAGAAAGAACUUUCUCCCUUGGCAGCCCUAAAUUUGAAGCAAAAACCAAAUUAGAGCUGAACAGCGUAUGUGGAAUUGAAUGUCAAAGAAAACUACCAGUGCCAAGCUUGUCUGACUUGAAGAACCUCUUAUCCUAUGAGACUAUUUUUGAAAACGGCACACGGACCCUGACUGAAGUGAAUGUCCUCGGAGCAGUGCUUGACCCAGCUGCAAACACAACCACACGAAGGCCUUCACGAAAGAAGAGGCAGAUAUAUGGAACAGACAGCAGGUUCAGCAUCUACGACAAGAGGUUUAUGACCAACUUUCCAUUCAACACAGCUGUGAAGAUCUCCACGGGCUGCAGUGGCAUUCUGGUUUCCCCCAAGCACGUGCUAACAGCAGCCCACUGUCUCCACAAUGGCAAGGAUUAUGUUAAGGGCAGCAAAAGACUGAGGGUGGGACUGAUGAAGACGAAAUCCAGAGGCAACGGCAGGAAACGCAAAGGUGCUAAAAGAAGUAGGAGAGAAAUUUCUGCGGCCAAAGAGGAUCCCAAAGCUGCCACAGAAUUAAGGCGACAAUCCAAAGGGGAUGAGAGAAAGCAGAGGAGAUCUGGGAGGAAGCAAGGGACCUCAGAUGGCAUGCCCUCCUUCCAGUGGACCCGGGUGAAGAGUACGCAUAUCCCAAAAGGCUGGUUUAAGGGGGUCUCUGGGGAUAUUGCCCUGGAUUAUGAUUAUGCUGUUCUUGAGCUCAAGCGUCCACACAAAAGGAAAUACAUGGAUCUGGGAAUCAGCCCAACAAUCAAAAUGAUGCCUGGGAGCAUGAUCCACUUCUCAGGUUUUGACAAUGAUCGGUCUGGGCAGCUGGUCUAUAGAUUUUGUAGCAUUUCUGAGGAGUCAAAUGAUCUGUUUUAUCAGUACUGUGAUGCUGAGCCUGGCUCCACAGGAUCUGGCAUCUAUCUCCGUUUGAAGGAGCCAGACAAAAAGAAGUGGAAACGCAAGAUCAUCGCUGUUUACUCAGGCCAUCAGUGGGUGGACAUCAAUGGUGAACAGCAGGAUUACAAUGUAGCAGUACGAAUUACUCCUCUCAAAUAUGCCCAGAUUUGCUUCUGGAUACAUGGGAAUGAUGAGAAUUGCACUCAAGGCUGA